GUCAUCAUGCGUGACGCAAGUUGUUAUGCUUUCAACGACGCACGAUGCAAUGCUAACAUCUUCUGAUUUUCACUUGAUCGACGUUGUCUGUGAGCACUUCCAAAGCAGCACGUGAAAAAAUGACAUUCGAGAAUGCAAGCACGGUCAACGUGCUCUUGCAAAAUGUCGAAUUGUAUUACACGCCAAUUCUUGUCCACCUGGGCCUGUUGGGCAACUGUCUGUCUGUAUGUGUGUUCUUCGGCACGAAGCUACGACGCGCGUCUUCCAGCAUUUACUUGGGCGCAUUGGCAAUCAGCGACAGUGGCUUCCUGGUGAUGAUCUUCAUAUACUGGCUUAGCAUGAUUCGCGUGCAUCUAUUCAACAUGUCGGGCUUCUGCCAGUUCUCCAUUUACUUCAGUACUCUCUGCAGUUUCCUCAGCGUGUGGCUCGUGGUGGCCUUCACCGUCGAGCGCUACGUGGCGGUCAAGUAUCCACUUCAACGUCAGUCUCUGUGCACGGUCGCCCGAGCGAAGAUCGUGAUACUCUGCUUAACGAUCUUGGCAAUUCUAUUGUGCAGCCCAGUGCUCUGGUUCUCUGGGCUUCGUGAGGUACCAACCGGAAACUAUACCAUCUGUUCCUUGGCUAUUGGUUGGGAGACUUGGGCGAGUAUCUACAACGGUAUCGACACCGUCUUGACGUUCGCCUUGCCUCUGACCAUGAUAGUGAUCUUCAACACCUUGAUAGCACGCAACAUCUACAAGCUCUAUCAUAUACGAAGAACCUUGACCAUAGAAUCUGACGCUUCCAAUGAAAGGGACGCGCGCGCUGCACGAGAGAGAAUGCCGCAGACGAAGAUCACGAAAAUGCUGCUCUUCGUCUCGAGCGCUUUUCUAUGUCUCAAUAUGCCUUCGUUUGUGCUGAGGGUGUUCGCUUUCUACCACAAAGCAUCGUGGGUAGUCAGUGUGCAACACAUGUGUAACGUAUUAUUCAACACAAGUUUCGGGAUUAACUUUAUACUUUACUGCGCGAGUGGGCAGAAUUUCCGCAAGGAAAUGGUCCGCAUGUUUAUACAUCGACCACGUGCUGGGAGAAAUGGAACCUUCAUACAAAUGGCGAGUCAAGGGAAACAGUAUGUUUCCAAUUUCACGUACAAAUGGAGUUCGACAAAGCGGACGUCUGUUGACAAUGCGCAAAGCAAAAAUCUUCAAGAAAUGCAGAAUCUCCCAAUAGGUGAAAGACUGUGAUACGCAGAAACAUUAAGCUCAUUGUAAGCAGCUGGAUAAACGCAAGAUAAAAGUAGACAAUCAUAAAUGUAUGAUGCGAUGUACAAUGCAAUACAAUAGUGAAAUAUGAGAAAAAAAUUAAAAGCUUACCAGCCUCGAGUUCCGUAGCUGGAAGUGGACCUACGUUGCCAAAGAAGCGUUGAUCCAGCAGCUGAAGAAGUUGAAGAGCCGCGUCGUGGACCGGAGCGCGCGGACAUCCUGUGUUCAUCAAUGUCACGUUGAUGACGCUCGUGUAAUGGUCGCAAGGAUAUUCCCUGGAAACAGAAUGAUAAAUCACAUACUUAAAAUUACUAUUGACGAGUUCUGUUAUUAUAUUACAAUUAGUACAGCGACUCUAUCAAUGUAGAAAUAUGUGUCUCGUAGUCUCUAUAUUUGCUGUAUAUACAUAGAAUAUAACAUUUUCUUAUUUAUAAUAAACACUUUCAUAUGUUAUA